CACAAGUUCCCUCCUGAUGCCCUCCUGAUGUUUUGGUUGACUUCUUUUUUCGGUGGGACUAUUUUGUUGUUUUGCUUUAUCAAUAUUUUGUAAUCUAUAGAUUGUCAACGACAGGAAGAACAUUUCUCUGUUGGGCAAAAAAAGGUAUACUGUUCAUCACACUGUGGGAACUGCAUGCUGUUCAAGGAGUGUAUCAAAGUUGUCCUCAUAUAGACUGUCUAAGAACAAGGAUGAUAAUAGGACCUGUAUCCUUACACGUCUGAACCUACCCCAAACCAUGAGCAAACGAAAACUGAGUCUCAAGUGGUUCGGAAGUAUCUCCAAUCUCUCCAUCCGUAGUUCGGCAGACAAGACAGACCCCAAGAUAACCUCAAAGCCUGAUGGGAGCCACAGUGACAAAACUUUGGGGGCCAACUCAGUUGAUGACACGGAUACCUGCUUACACAGCCCGGGCUAUGCUCGCUCCAGUGACAUGUACACACACGUAGGUACCGUGCCUCGAAAGGAGAGGCAGAAAAGCAGCAAGGGGUCAAAGAAAAAAAGGAGUAGCAAAGGUCAGAUCAGUGGAGGGCAGAGCCAGUGUCAGGCUGGUGACUAUGUACGAGAUUCUCCUCUUCUGAGUGUCCUGUCUAGUACCCAUCUUUCAGCUUUAGAGAAGCCUUUGCCUGGUGGCCUUACAGGGAAAACACUGCCAGUGGUUCAGGCCCCCACUCACUCUCCCUCACCCAGCUGUGACACAGAUACACUGCCAUCCCGUAAAGGCUCAUAUGAAGUACCCAAGUCCUUAGCACUUAAUAAACCCUCAGGAAAUCAAGAUCCACCAUUGACAUGUGAGGACCACUCAGGGGUCAAUGCAGCCAGGACCAAUCCUUGUGCGCCUGACCCUGCCACUAUGCCUUCCUCCCCGAGCACUCAGUACUACUCUGACCCAGUGUCACCCACAGUGCUUACCAAGGACUUGUAUGAGGUGAUGGACCCUAUAGCACAGGUGGUCCACAGAGAUACAGAGGAGAAGACACAAGAUGAUGGAAGCAGGACUCUGGGAGAUUCACAGCGGAUGGGGACAUUUGACUGCCAAUUGGAUCCCAUUGAAAGCAAAGGCGAAUAUGUGAAGUUCUCCAAGGAGAGGUUCUGGUUGGAUGUCCCGUCUGAGAAGCUGCGCAGGGAGCUGGAGGAAGAGCUGAAACUAAGCAGCAGCAAUCUGCUGAGCCACGGCUGGUACCAUGGACACAUCCCCUGGGAGGUGUCAGAGACUCUGGUGUUGCACCAUGGGGACUUCCUCAUCCGAGACUCUCUCUCCAGCCUGGAAGACUAUGUGCUGACCAACCGCUGGAACCACAACACCCUGCACUUCCUAAUAAGCAAGGUCCUGCUUCAGACCAGUGAGACCUACACCCGGGUCCAGUACACCCUGGAGGGAGAGGCCUUCGACUCCGUGCCUGCUUUGGUUCACUUCUACGUGGGGAACAGGAUGGUUUUGACUCAGCAGAGUGGGGCUCAGAUCCACAGUCCCGUUAAUCGUACUCUACCACUACACUACUUGGAGGCAGCCUUUGCUCUGGCCAACCACAAAGGCUAUCUGAACUCUCCCCCCUGUCAGAAAGGGGCUCUGGUCAAGACCCAGAGUGGGAAUAUGAUGGACAAGAUCUGCCCACUUAGCCCUUCUACUGUUCACCACAGGGAGGUAGUCAGGAGCUGUAGCUUCAAUUUGGAUCAGAUUGAGAAAAUCCAUCAGCCCUCUUCACCUAUUGGAGAGAACCUUCUCUCUUCACCAUUCAUCGCCCAGCAGCCCAGGAGUCCACGUGUCAUCAGACUGCCAGAGGUGGCUCCCUCCCCGUCUGUCUCCAGACGCUCCAGCCCCUCCCCCUCCCCCAACAACAACACACAACAGACCACCAGAGCCCAGGCCUCACCAACCCACAUAUAUCUGCCUCCAGACACAGACAGCAGCUACAGUCAGCUCUGUCCUGCCACCCCACCAGCUCAGAGUUAUGUGAAGCGGCUGUGUACGGAGGAGGAGGAGGAGGGACAGAGUGUUGUAGAUCCUGUGAAGGAGGAGAAUGUGUAUGAGGUCCCUAUAGUGGAAACAGCCUCUGCCUUCAGGCCUAGUAGGUACCAGUCCCCACUGAUGCCCAAGGAGAACAGGCCCCUGGAGGUGGGGGUGCUGAGGAGGGUCAAGGAGCUGCUAGCCCAGGUGGAUGCCAAGACAGCGGCUAAACACAUCACCAAGGCUGACUGCAUGGUCGCCAGAAUAUUGAACGUGACUCCGGAGUUGCAGAGGAAGAUGGGUGUAAGUUCUGGGAUGGAGCUACUGACCCUCCCACACGGUCACCAACUCCGUCUGGACCUGCUGGAAAGGUUCCAGACCAUGUCCAUCAUGCUAGCUGUGGAGGUGCUGGGCUGUACUGGCAGCACUGAGGAGAGAGCUUCCCUGCUGCACAAAACCAUCCAAAUGGCUGCUGAGCUCAAGAGCAACCUGGGCAACAUGUUUGGCUUCGCCGCCAUUAUGAGAACCUUAGAGCUUCCACAGAUCUGCCGUCUGGAGCAGACGUGGAUGGUGUUACGCCAGCGACACACAGAGGGCGCUAUCCUCUAUGAGAAAACAUUGAAGCCUUUCAUGAAGCGCAUGAACGAUGGGAAAGAGAGCUGUGCAUUUUCUAACACAUCUUUCCCGCACGUGGUGCCCCUCCUAUCCCUCCUGGAGAAGAGUGUGGCGGUGGCGGACGGGGCGGAGCCCUGGGAGACGGUGGAAGCGGGGAUGGAUGUGGUGAUGAGUCAUCUGGCGGCGGCACGUACCAUGGCACAGCUGGGAGGCAACUACUGCGCCAACGCAGAGAAAAAGCUACAGGGUUUCCAGGAGCAAGCUGAGGUUCUAGAACUCUUCCUCACAGAAUUCCAGAUGAGGUUGCUGUGGGGGAGUCGCGGGGCGGAGGAGAACCAGGCAGAGCGAUACACCAAGUUUGACCAGGUGUUGACCGCCCUGUCCAACAAACUGGAGCCCCCCCCCAUUCGGCACAGUGACCUUUAACCCCAACCCACAUUGGACUUGAAUGGAUCUGUGUCUUGCCUUUGUCUCUUGAAAUGAGAAGCAACUCCUGUCAAGUACUCCGUGUCAACUGACAUGGCUGUACCAGCAAGACUGAGUCAGGACAUUUCUUUUUGUCUUAAGAGAUGCUAUGAUAUGGCUUAAGUUCAUGGUUCUGGGUAAUAAGGUAGGCUACUAAUGCUGCUUUAUCAUUUCACAUAAAAAUAUGCUUCACUACACAGACUUGUGCUGUGAAAUAGUAAACAGAGAAUCAUGCUCUGUUAGCAUAUGGCCACUCCAGGGUUGUUGCUGCUCCUUUCAAUAUCAAAUACCACUGUUAUAGAAGUGAAGACCAGCCUUGCACAGAGUGCAAAAGUCUCACUGCCCUUCCCUCAAUGCCUAUGAGGCUGUGCCUUAUGUGUGAGAGAAUAAUCUGAAGUAGAUUUGGUCAAUCCUUUGCCAGUAUCAAUAAAUGUUGCUCUUGUAUGUUAUAAUAAGCCUGCUUAUGAAGGCUGUGCCUUACUUAUGAGACUAACUAGCUUAUAACAAGAAGGGAAUUUUGUUCUUUGCUCAGUAGCAUUGUAUUUGUUACAUUAAUCAUGGUACACAGAGGACAAAGGGUGCACUUCAGUCGGGUAACAUUCAUGGUCAAUCAACACAUGCAUUUCGAAACCUAUUUAGCACAUCAUAGUCAUCUCUGUUGUGUGUACAUUAACUUAUACUCUAACAUUACUUACAUUAAGCAGAACAUUUUACUUGCUUAUAACUUAUUAUAAGUCAAUAAGUUUGUAAUAUAUGUAGGGAAAGUGUUCAAAUGAAUAAUGUUACUAGUAUUUGUUGUUGUCCUAGUUCUGUGAUCAGUGAUGAGAGACAAGAAAUCCAACCACUACCACUCAAUCAUGCAUGAUACUGUAUACGUCACUAUGCAAUACAUAUUUACUUUUGGUGCUAUUCACCAAAAAUGUGUGUAUUUUAUUAUGAAUUCGAUCAAGCUGGUACUACAUCAGAACAUGCUUUGAUAGGGUCAGUUAUCAAACAAUGCACUGAUCUUAGUUCCAAAGGUGCAAAUUAUUUAAUGAUAUGUUUGGAAUCUAAGCCUAUUGUCCAUGUAUUCAACGUAAAUGCUAUGGAUAUAUUGACUGACCUGACUAUAUGACAUAUGUAAUAUAAUUUAAUAAAAAUCAUUUAUUGGUGUUGGAA